AUGACCGACAAUCCUGAGCCCAAGGGCAAAGGCAUUAGCUCGCGCUUUUCGAACAUUUUGCGUCGUUCUACUCGUUCUACCUCUGAUUUGACUGGCAUACACGAACAUGAUAUUGCUUCUGAUUACCCGACUCCUGUAUACAAAAAUCCUUUCUCUGCCAUCCCUAGCGGAGGCACACAAGAGGCAGUCGCUAGCGCGCUAGCCGAAACUGACCGCAUCUCGGACUAUACCCUUAGCCCACCCCCCACUGUUCCUCUCGUCGCAAGCCCGCCGAGAAGCUCCGUCGUCGCAAACGCAGGCAUCACACUGGUCAUCAGCUCCUCACAAGAGUCAGAACAGGUUAGAGAUGCCGGCGCGGCGCUAGCGCAACUCACGGAAUAUACGUUGGACGAUGAACCCUCUUCUAGCCCUCCCAAAAUCACAUACGUUGAAGAGAAGGCAGUAUCUAGGCCAGGAUCAACCACCCCCACCCGAAACCGCACGAGACCCACCGAAAGACAAGUCACCCCCAUGGAAGAUUGGGUCUUCAGCAGCCAAGAGCUACACUGGUUUAAACGCCUCGAGGCCGGCUACCCCGACAACGAAGCCCUUGAACGCUGCAUCAAUACUACACCAUCACCAACCAAGCCAUCGCCAACAUCAUCGAGAACAGACAACUAUAUGACGAUACCGACGAAGAAAAGAACAGCACGAAUUCAUUCAUUCAAAAAAUCGAAAAACUCGGCAACCAAUCUCUUCAAUCGCAGAAAACGCGCUGUAUAA